GUCUAAGUGGUAAGGAGUGGGACAGUCCUUUGUCGUGCACCAAACACCAUGGAUGACUAUCCGAUGUACGGCUUGCUCGUGAGGUUCUCCCUCUGGGGGACCCUCUGGCGUCUCCUCUUUCCGUUGGGGUUCUGGAACACCUUCAUGUGUAGAGUAGAGACAAGGGGUGGUGCUAGCACCACUCCCUACACGAAGGAGCAGGAGGAGGAGGCCGCAAAGAUUUUGGUCGAGCAGAAGGCCAAGAAAGAGAAGAGGGAGGUGGUGAAGCAGGCCAAGAAGUUGGCCUUACUGGAGGAGCAGGCCACAAAGAAGAAGAAGUUUGAGGAGGAAUUGGAAAAAUUGAAGAGGGAAGAAGAAGAAAAAUUAAAAGCAAGAUUUCGCACGAGAGAUGAUGAUGCACAUGGGCACAUAAGUGAAAGCGAGGAUGGAGAGCACAGAGCGAUUUUGUGCAGGUGUCAUGCCAAGUUGACAGCUCCAAGGGAAGAAGAGGUGCGUCCCCGUAAGGAUCCGGUCAAAGUCAAGUUCCCUGAUUCCUAUAGUGGGAAGAAGGGAGAAAACUUUAACAACAGGGAGGGGAACAUCUAUUCGUAUGUUCACCUGCAGAAGAUCUUGCCUAAGGAGCAAGUACUAAUCGCUUUCCAUGCCCUUAAGGAUGAAGCAGCGAACUUCGCCCUAUCGCUCGCCAACGCAGCCAAGUGCGAUAAUGAUAUAGUAGCUUACUUUGCGAUCACCCCUCUCAACGAGUUCUUUAAAUUGCUGCGUGAAAGGUUUGCAGAUGUCACCAGGGGAAUUAGAGCCUCUAACAAGCUGCAAACCGUCCACUCUCGCCAAUGGAAGAGUGCUAGGGCACUCAAAGGAGUAAUGGAUGAGUUGGUAGCUGUCCCUGACCAUGGAGUCACUGAGACUCAGUUGGUCCAACCGUUUUAUCGUGUCAUGCCCGAGCCCUUGCGCGGGCACUUCUUUGAGAAAAGCAAGGAGUCCACUAUGACCUAUGAUACUUUGAGUAGGGAAGUAGUGGCUUUCGAGGCCCAGUCCAUGCCAGCUACCUUCUGGCACAAAGAUCUGGACAAGGGCCAAAAAUGGAAGGGUCGUCCCAUCUCGAACCAAGUCAAGGCCAAGGAUCACUUGAUCCUAACUCUAGAUGAGGGUGAUAUGGACGAGGUCCCAUAUGAUCAAAUGCAGUGGGGCCUCGAGGAGGAAGGCAGUGGCGAUAGUCAGGGGAGGACUUAUGCUGCUGUCACAGCCGGAGGGAGGUCACAAGGAAGAGGAGGAGGCCGGGGCCAAGGAGGCCAGGCUUCCGGUGGUCGAGGACAGAGUGAUCAGGGGGUUGGCAGCAGAGGAAACCGCCAAGUGGGAGGUAGGGGUCAAGUUCCUCGGCAAAACCGAUCUCGUUUCACUCGAUCACCUCCCAUGAAGGGUGGAUGGCACCUUGGCUUGCCACAAGGCAGGCCCUGGGAAGAUCUGGCUUAGAAUAGACAGUGUGGCAGAGGUGGAUAGACCAGGAUCAAUGCAUCUACUGCAGUGAUCCGGGGCACAUCAUAAAAUAUUGCCCUAAGUAUAGAGAAGCCCGGAAUGUUGCACAAACAGCAAAAGGCAACCGCCGGUAGGGGUCGUAAUUGCCCUUACCCCUAG